AUAUUUAAUGUAUUUCCUGAUUUUUCUUUAGGAGAAAAUACUUCUCUUUUGAAUUUCCAAGAAGAAAGACUGGCAUACGAUCUUAACAAUUAUUGGCAAAAUAGACCAUUCCAUGAAAGUAAUUUAACCGAGAUUGUUGGCUCAAGAUCUUCGAAUAACAGUUCGUGUCUUAAAAGCAGCCAGGUAGCUAAAACUACAAGUGAUAAAGAAUAUAAAAAUGUUACAAAGAGUGAGAACAGAAAGACUUUAGUUGAUUAUAACAAUCCUGCAAUAAUGGAAGAUCCUAAUGGCAAGAGUGAUCAGGACUUUGCGAACCACGUUCGCAUUAAGAGAAACGAGCCGACAAACGAUUCGACUGUUUAUCGAAGAAAUCGCUCUACAGAUUCACUUGAGUCUUCGCCACGAAAUUUCUACAGUAGCAACAAUACGAUAAAUGUAUUCGAUAAUUCGAUAUCCAAGUUCGGGGAACCAUAUGUGGACCUAGAUCGUAGAGGUUUGCUUAAUGUUCCUUAUAAAACGAUCGCGGAUACUCCGCAUCCACGACAUAAGAGAGGAGUCUUAUCUAAAACCGGGGAACGUAGGAAACGCGUGAAGGGAAAUAUCGGAAACUCGAGGUAUCAUGUUGGCACUCAAGUUAAAGACAAAAAGCACGACACUUUGAAGUCUUCACGUCUUCAUCAUCGCCAUCGUCGUCUUCUGCUGCCCUUUCCACCGCCCAAAUCUGGAAGUAAUAAUUUGGAUACUGAUAUUGCCAGACUCAACGCUAACGAUGAGAAAGUAGAAAUUGAUCAGAAAGGCAGCGCGUUAUUAACUAGUAAUAGAAGUUUCGAUGAACAACGAGGAGGCAAUACUGUUGCGUUACCCUUCGUGCAUACCGGAAAAGUAGAGUUCCGAGUGCGUAUUAAAAAGAUGCCCACAAAUGAGUCUUUGUGUCUUAAUCCCAACAAUUGGACAGAUUCUGCUAGGAGGACAUCUUAUUUACUCACGUCAAAAGAUGGAAUAAUCGACAAAAUUUUCGACGUUACAAAUUCGAAACUCAUUUCGAAUUUCGAUUCUUCUGAGAGAAAGGAGGCCAAUAAUUUAAUUAUAAAAAGUACACUAAAGAAAGUAGAUUAUGGAAACGUUUCGAGCCAGGCGAUCAAAGAUGAUCAAAGCUUAGAAAACGGAAGAACGGAAGAUCGCACAAAUAAAAUAUCUGCGGAAUCGAUGGACGAGGACACGAAGUUGCGGUCGAAGAGGAAUCAAGAAAUUACAUUUAAAAGUCAUCGAUCAAAUGAUAUAAACGCGACAGGAAAAUCUUUCAAGAAUGUUGCACAAAAGUCAAUUAGGGGCACAAAAUAUGAAAAGACAGGAAACAGAAGGACUCGUAGUGAUCGCGCUGUGCGAUCAAUCGAAGAGAUAAAGGAGCUUGCUGAAAAAUUAAUUAUCAAGGUAAAUGAGUUACAAGUGUACGUGAGCAAUCACAAUGAAACUUUAUACACGGAUUCGUGUAUUGGAAAAAAUGCAGGCAGCAUAGCUGUCGAAGAAUCACCAAGGAUCUCUUUGGAGAAAGGAGUUUCGAAUUUCAAAUCUAAAAUUGCCGGUAGCACUGAUGAUCGCCUGUAUCCGCACAAUGAACAAGCAACUCUGAUUGGGCAAAGAGCGUCACGAAUGUCUUCCGGCGCCUCGAGAUUUGCGCGAGGACACCGAACGAGGAGAAGAUCGCGUCGCAAAUGGGGUAGAUGGAUGGAUUGGAGCAGUUGCAGUGUUACCUGCGGUAAGGGGCGGCAAAUCAGGUGGAGGCACUGUCUGCGCGAUUGCCAUGACGCAGAAACCGAGAUGGAAGAGAAAACGUGCCAAUUACCGGCUUGUCCUCCGGGAAAAUUCCUUGGAAUAUUUUAAAAUAUCUAUUUCGCUGAAUGGAAUAUAAUUAAAAAAUAUAAUUUAUAUAAAUUAUAUAAAAAAGG